AUCACGAACCCCGGGCACUCAACGGGCAUCACCUUAACCGCUAACAGACUGCCAAGGUUCAAGCGAAGCACCAAUUCCUUCUCGACAUCCAUCAAUUCCAGCGGCGUUGAAUCGGAUGAUUUCCAGAUGGGCUCUAUGGAUCACUUCCGGGGCUCACAAUCAUCGUCCACCUCUGCUUACGGACAUACGACGAACCCAACAAAACCUAACUUCGAUCAAAUUAUCCUCUUCCUUGUCAAGUAGCAGCAGCACCAGCGCCGCCGGUGAAUAUCUUCGGCUAAGUGAUGAGGAGCUGAUGGCUCAGUGCGAGAUGGACACCUUCAAAGCCUCGGGGCCCGGCGGGCAGCACCGCAACAAGCGCGAGUCCGCUGUCCGUCUCAAGCACCUCCCUACCGGCAUCAUCGCCCAGGCUGUCGAAGACAGGUCGCAGCACAAGAAUCGUGCUUCUGCAUUGUCUCGUCUUCGCACUCUACUGGCUCUAAAAGUCAGGAAUGCUAUAGAACUUGACGGAUAUAGACCUCCUUCGGAACUUCUUCAAAUCCUUCCUGCAAAAUCAACAAUCAGGGGAUCUGAAGUUGGCCCUCAAAUUGGUCCUAACAAUCCCAAGUUCACUCUGGGAAUGCAGGCAUUAUUGGAUUUAAUCUCCACUGUUAACGGUUCAGUUUCAGAGGGAGCGAAAAUCCUCGGGCUAAGUACUGGUGCCCUGUCAAGGUUGAUACUGUCAGAUGAUUCUCUCCGAGCUGCUGUAAAUGAGCUCAGAACAUCCAAGGCUUGGACGCGGGCUCAGAUGCGAAAUUGCGAGGGGCGGAAAGGCAAAAUCACGGGCUGGAAAGCGAGCUUGGAAGCGAAAUCAGAGCUCAGACGUGGGAGGCGAGGCAAAAGCGUACGAGAAAUCGAGCCGCCUGACGAGCUCGUUUCAGUGGCAUCAGCUGAGCUUGAGCUCGAGUUCAAGCUAGGGAUUUGGCUUGCAAGUCGAGCUCGAGUUUAGGGCAUGAGACCUCUCAAGUGAGUUAUUGAACUUCAUACUAGAAGCACAUGAAUUAGGUAAUUUGCAAGUUUCCUCAUGAAAUUUGGCUCAUUGAAAUUAAUAUUCACUGCUAAAUAGUUCCUGUUGAAAUUCUCUUGUUUAUUUUUCAAUAAUAAGGCCUCUUAUCUUCA